ACAUAGACCUUACGCUACUGUAGCUUGUAACAGCAGAGGGCGCGCGCGGGCCUCUCACCACCACGGGGAGCGCGCUUGCCCCGUGCAUGCCUGCGCGCACACAUCCUCCCUCCCAGCACAGGACAAUAGAGGCGCGAGGAAGGGAAGGGAGGAGAAGAGAAGGGGCAGAGCGAGGAGGCAUCUCCGGAUCAGCACUGUACCCUGAUUCAUCCUGAGCGGUAAACAUGGACGACUGGCUGCCUCGGGCACUUCUGUGAUGUUGCUGUAAGAAUGCCGCCGCCGCGGAUUUCCCGAUUUUUCGUGUUUUCUCUUGCGUUGUGCGGCGCUUGGCUGGGAUCCGCAGCGCACAGAGGGGCAGCUGAAGUAUUGAUUAAAGUCCAGAUCUUUGACAACAGCGACCUUUCACCUCUGAAAGAAGCUACAGUUCAGGUGCAUGGGAACCAAUCCAUCUUGGCAUCUGACCUCACCGGGGAGGACGGCAUUGUCACAGUUACCUUCAUGUACCGCCCAGGAACAUGGGUCAUUGUUUCAGCCUCCAAGCAUGGAUUUGUUACGAACUCUGCACCUUGGCAUGCCAACCGCAUCCCCUUGUAUGCUUCAGUGAGCCUGUACUUGCUUCCCCAAAGACCAGCUACAUUGCUUCUCUAUGAUGAUGUAGUGCAGCUCCUACUUGGUUCUCCAGGUUCCAGAAGAUAUCCAUGGGUACAGCUCCAAAGAAAAACCAUUCGAUCCACAGUCAACGCCUCCCAAGUCACUCUCUCAGCCAUGCUCACCUCCAGUAGGAGCCAGUAUGAGCUCGGUGGAUUCCCUUAUCCCUUUGGCCUGGAGAACAACAGCACAGGCUUGAACAGUAGCUGGGUAGAGCUGACCGCAGUGGCUGCAGUUUGCGCCACACUCACUGGACCCAAUGGCACCGAGAUGCAGGUCUCAGAACCUAUCCUUGUUUCCGUCCCUCUUCCCUCAGAUUCACCACUCACAUCUGCCACCAGUGUCCCCAUCUGGAGGUUUGAGGACAGAACAGGUCUGUGGAUAAGAAGUGGUGCAGGCUACAUUAAAAAGGAUGGGUCUCAUGUGACGUGGAGUUUUGUGGCUUCACAUUUAGGAUACUGGCUUGCAGCCUUUCCAUCAGCAGGAGGGGCAGUGCUGAACAACUCUGGCCUGAGAGACAUCACUACUUACCAUACCAUCUUCCUUCUGACAAUUCUGGGUUUUAUGGCCCUACUGGUUCUUAUCUUGCUCUGCUUGUUGCUGUACUACUGCAGGAGGAGAUGUCUAAAGCCCAGGCAACAUCGCCAUAAAAUGUAUAUAUCGUCUACUCUGGAGAGCUCCAGAAGGGACCAGGGCACAUCCACCUCUCACCUUAACCUCAUCAGUGGUGGACGGUUGGAGACAGCUUCCUCCACUGGAGAUGGUGUGAAAUCAGACCUGUCCUCUACAAGGGAUUUGCACAGCUCACGGGAAGACUUUUUCAGGGGCAAGCAUCGCCAUCCUAAAGGUAACAGCAAGCAAGGCGAGAGCUUUCCACUACAUGUCACCUGUUCCACUAAUACCAACAACCUGCUUCUGCACGAUGACCAUGGCAGGAGUUAUAGUUCAACAGAUGAUUCUGAUGAUCGUAGGAACCAUCGUCAUACCUAUAAUGCAAAGGACAACCAAGGUUAUACAUCUGAUCCUUCAUCUCCCCUACGGUUGCUCCCAUUUGCUGGUCACUACCAGGAGCAAAGACGAGACAGCAAGCCCCCAGAGUACUCCACUUCUCAGGCUGUGGAUAACUUGACAAGACCUGUCUCCAUGAAUGGACAGCCUGGCCAGCUGAUCUUAUGCCACUCUAUGGAGCAAAUGAAGGACAGCAUGUACCACAGUGUUGUUCCCACCUUAGUCAUCCCGGCACAUUACGUGCGCCUGUCCACAGAUUUGUCAUCUGUGGAACAAGCUGUGGAAAGGCAACAGCAGCUGCAGCAUGAUAUGGAGGCCAUUCAGGUGAGCAUGUCAUUGCCUCACCAGCAGAGUCAGCAGCAGCAGGAAGCCAAGCUGCAAAAUGAAACAGAAAAAGCCAGACAGCAUGGAGAGGAGUCACAGGAUCAGAACUGGAGUUCGGAUGCCUCCUCUGGCCCAGUCCACAUCCCAGUGUUGUUCAACGAGUCCGGCAUGACACAGAUGAAUGGAGAACUGAAGGCUCUCACUGAGAAGAAGCUUCUAGAACUGGGUGUAAAGCCUCAUCCUUUGGCCUGGUUUGUAUCCCUUGAUGGUCGUGCCAAUUCACUUGUCCGACAUUCCUACAUCGAGCUUGGCAACGAGCCUCUACGGAUACCGCAGGAACACCAUGCAGAGACAUACCCUGGAAACUCAGGAAGGUCUUCACAGAGAAAAAGCAAAGAGGAAAGAAAGGCAAAGGAAGCAGGUGAGCGAAAGGCUCACGGCAAAGUUUACUCUAAGCUCCCAGUCAUUAACACUACAAACCCCAGCACCAGCAGUGAGACCCGCACAACCCCCUGCUCACCAGAGGAUGGCUCCAUGGCACCACUACUUGAUGACACUCCAGAGUCUCGGUGUGGAACUUUUCCACGUAAAGGACGCAGCCAAGGCUACAGUGCCCACAGCAGUAUCCCAGAAGACCACAGAGAUUUGGAGAUCAGCCUGUAUGAUGAUGACAAUGAUGGAGAUGACAAGGAUGAUGAAGGUGAAAAUAAGAAGAGCCCGUGGCAGAAGCGGGAAGAGAGACCGCUCAUGGUGUUUAAUGUCAAGUAGUUCUUAUAAGCGUAGAAUUGUCAUGGACUUGGUUGGGUUCCCUGUAGGCCACAUCUAAAAGUAGAGUAACAUAACAUUGGAUUCAGAGAUUGUCAUGGUACCUUAAUGUGAAUCUCCUGACCCACUUGAGGACAAAAACAAGCAGGUAAUUUUCUAUGAAGCAGAUUAUAGAAGAAGUAGACAGAGGUGGAUCACCAAGAGUAGAGACAAUAUGAUUAUAAUAGUGGCUCGCCUCUACUUGCCAGCUAGUACUUAAGGCUCAUAUUUUUUUGGGUGUCCUGCAGGUAGAGUAUUUUCUAGGAUGUGAACACCACUAAACCAGAUUAUGUAUUUUUUAAGUCUAGUUAAUUUCUUGGAAUAAUUUGCUGUAGGUAAUUCUAAAUGUCAUUACCCUGUAUCUUCUUUGUACCAGAGACUUCGCCAUUGUUUUGGGAAUGACUAUGAGCCAUUUUUUAACUGACUUUGAGACAUACUGUAAUUAAUUGGCUCUAAAGAAUUUCUUAAGAGUAUGAAUGCCCUAAAAAUGUUUAAAAACAUAUGAACUAAAUUUUAAAAUGUCUGUUUGUUUUUUUUUUUCUUUAUUAUUCAGGCUUUCAAGAAAGUUUGGAUUUACAUAUUUGGCAAUGGAAUAGAGAUGUGUGUAUCUGUGUCUGAAGCAAACAUCACAAAAGGGAGUAGAACAUUGCUGGGUUCAUAUUAAUUUGCCCCUUUAGAAUUUUUCCUAAUCAUUUUCACCAUUCUGGAAGGCUUUCAAUUUUUGCAGCUUCGCUGAUUGUGAUAUUCUAUGAUAUCCAAUUCAACAAAUUUUUCUGAGCCUCAUAGAAAAAAAAAAGUUUCACAAUUUCUUUGAAUGAUUAACAAUUUUAGCUCCCUAAAAUGGUCUCAUUAUUAUUUUGACAAUAUCUGCCAACUUGUAGCAUUGUCACAAUGCAUUUAGUCAAUUUUGGCCAAUGGCGCUGCUAUAUUGGUACUGUAUGGCAAAAGGAUGGUUUGGUUGAAUAAAAAGUUAAAUAAAGCUGAACUUUAUGGAAGUAACUGCGAAAAAACAUGUUGUAUUUGGCCAACCAGAGGGUUAACCUUUCAUUGGCCAUAACCAAAUUCGAAUAACGCCAGAGAAAUACUGACAACAAACAGAAAGAGCCAUGUUAUAAUAAAAUGUAUACACAUAUUGUUACAGUUCCACGAAGGGACAAAUCAAAAUCAAUCAUGCUAGAUGGAACCUUGGUAUCCAGUUUAGUUGGCAGACUUUUACAUUUUUCCUCAAAUGUAUAAAAUGUCUCCAUAGUCAUUUUAACUAAUUAGCUGGGGGUUUUCUAGAAAGCUCCAGGCAGGACACACACACACACACACACACAGGCAAUUGACUACAUAUCCACAACAACCUGGUAAAUUAUUAUAAUUUAAAUGCAGUUUAUUCUUGCAGUGGAUAUGUAACAUUUAUUCACAAAGUUGAUAUAGCAGGAUAAAGUCUAAAAGCAUAGCAUAAAAGUCAUUUUAAUUAUGUACCUCUUCUUUUCCCCUUAAAAUUCCCUUCCUGGUAUGGUGUAAAGUUUUUCUAAAUCAACUGUAUACCAGCUUGUUCCUGGCUGUAGUUCUUGCACUUGGCACCAGAAGACACAUGUACUGCACAACAAGGUUUCUUUAUUUGUCAAGAAGUGUUUUUUGAGUUAUUGAAUUUAGAAAGGUGAUAAAUAAAUUAAUUUUGAGGACGGUUAUCAGGUAUUAUUUUAACAUAUUUAAGUAUUGCUCAGUGAAGCGUGCUUACAAAACUUUGUGAACCACUUGUUUAAAGGCACACUAGUAAACAUAGAAUUUUACUUUGACCUUGUGUUAUUUUGUCUGUUUCCUGGUCAUGGCAUUAUACAGUACUUACAUGCAAGAUGUACUAAUCUUUUACAUGUUUCAAAUAAUUGAAGUUAUGAUGAUAAACCAUUUUAAUUUUUUUUUGUUUGUUUGUUUUUAAACAUCACUAUUUGUAACAUAUAAAUCAGUAAAUGCUAUGUACAGCAUGCCAAAGUUCAUACUAAAUGAAGAACUAAUGAUGUACUAGCAUAAUGUCGGCCGUCCUGUAACACACUCUUUCUUGCUGCCUUUAAAGUGCCUUUCUGUACCAGACUCAAUGACAAUCUGGCAUACAAGGCCAGUUUUCCGCAUACAAAUAAGGCAAGACUUCUGCACUGUCAUUGUUUUUGCUUCAGCAAGGCAUAUCCUGUGUUCAAUAAACCAGCCUGAAAAUAUUUUA